AUGGCCAUGGGUAUCGAUAAGUACAACGCAGAGUGCCGGGCUAUUGUCAUGCGCUACGCCUCCGAGUGGAUCAGCACGGUGCAGCGUAUCGGUCGAUGGAUUGAUUUCGAGAACGAUUACAAGACGCUGUACCCGUCCUUCAUGGAGAGUUGCUGGUGGGUGUGCAAACAGAUGUUUGACAAAGGUCUGUUCUACCGUGGGUUCAAGGUUCUCGCCGUUUCGACAGCAUGCGCUACGCCCCUGUCCAAUUUCGAGGUUCAGCAAAAUUACAAGGAAGUCGUAGACCCCGCAGUUGUGGUCGCCUUCCCUGAUACCGAGGAGCCAGAGGUGAACUACCUUAUCUGGACCACCACUCCCUGGACACUGCCCAGUAAUUUGGCGCUGUGUGUGCACGACGACAUGGACUACGUCAAGAUCAAGGACGUGGCCAGCGAUGCCAUCUACGUACUGAUGAAG